AGCGUAUGGCUCUUGGUUUGCCAUGCUAUCAUGGAGGGCAACGAGGCCUUUGAGGAGUUUCUGAAGGAGGAGCUGGAGCUUCUGAAGACCAAGCUGCUGGCCUUCCAUGUGCAGGACACCCAUGUCCAGCAGCGCGGGCGCCUUUCCUCGGUGCGGAGCGUGCACUCGAUGCCCCGCCAGCUGAGCAGACAGGCCACAACAAAGGCUGGAUGGUUCUCCUCGGAUGACUUGGAGAAAGAGAAACCACCCCGAGAUGUGCUGGAAGCUGACAUGAAGGAGAUGACUGGCCGACGAGCUGUGUACCAUUGGCACGCUGUGAUGGAAAAAUUAGGUUUCUGCGAUCCAUUGCCAGAGCUGGACCCUUCACUGGUACGUCCUAGCAAGCUGCAGGUGCGACCCAGGAUUCCAUGGCAAUUUACUCCAAGGCUGACACUGACCCAGGAUUCGAUGGAAGGCCGGUCAAGCACACCGGAAGAAGAGCUCCGGGAGGUGAUUGUAAAGAGCUGUGCAGACAGGAGCAAGUUCUUCGUUUUGCAUCCUGAUGGCUGGGCCAAGUUUGCCUGGGGCAUUGCAGUACUCCUAGUUGUGCUUUGGGACGCGCUCACUCUACCCUUGCACUUCUUUGACCUCGGAAGCGUUACAAAGAUCCUGGAUGGCAUGAACGUGGUGAUGCUGUUCUUUUGGGCCGUGGAUAUGCCUAUCAGCUGCUUCACGGCUGUGAACCGAGACGGGGUCCUUGACUUUCGCCCGCGGGCCUGCAUUCACGACUACCUGCGUAGCUGGUGCUUCCCGGACGCUUUGCUGAUCCUCACAGAUGUUACUGUGACGAUUGUGGGAUCAGACCCAGACAUGGCAGCCGUGGCCGGCACGCAGAGCUUCCGAGCGAGCAGAGUCGCCCGGCUCUCUCGGCUCUUGCGGCUCCUGCGGCUGGUGCGGCUGUUCAAGGCCUCAGCUGCCGUUGCACAUUUGGUGGACUACAUCCGCUCCCCCUUGCUUGUAGUUCUGGUCAGUUUGCUCAAGCUGACUAUCCUCAUCCUGUUUGUCAAUCACUACAUUGCCUGCGCAUGGUGCGCAUUGGCCUACUUCAAUGAGAGCAAUGAUUCCUGGGCACACCAGCAUUCGGUCAGCUCGGACAACUUCUUGGAGCUGUACCCGGUGUCUUUGCACUGGAGCCUGACUCAAUUCACACCAUCAACGCAAGAUAUAGCGCCUUCAAACAUCUUGGAGAGGAUGUUUGCUGCCGCCGUGGUGGUCUUUGCUUUGCUGGUGUUCUCCUCGUUUGUGAGCAGCAUCACCAACCAAAUGAACCAAAUCCGCACCUGGAAUGCCAAGAACAUCCAGACAGAUGCUGCACUACGGCAAUUUCUGCAUGCCCGGCAGAUAUCCACUCAGCUGGGCAUCCGAAUCACAAACUUCUUUAAGCUGAGCCAGAAGCAGAAGAUGCAAACCCCGAUGAGCAGCAUGCCAUUCCUGGCCAACUUGCCAGACAGCUUGAAGAUUCGCUUGCACAGCGAGAUUUACUGGCCGGCCUUCACCACAUCCGGACUGUUCAGCCGGGUGCUCCAUAUCGACGAGCCACUUCUAAACAAGAUUUGCAGUGAUGCUUUCAAGGAGCAUUACAGCCCUCCAGAAUGUGUUUUCCUUGAAGGUGCCUCAGCAAAAGGCGUUCUGGUGGUUAACCACGGCGAGCUGACGUACCAGUGCUUGAACUCCACAGCCCGGCCAUCCCCAGGCCAAUGGAUUGCCGAAGCCGCUUUGUGGUGUUAUUGGUCCUUUGCUGGAAGCCUUCAAGCUGAGACUGCAGCAGAUCUGUUCCUCCUCGAGUCGGAGCCAUUCAGCAGAGUCUGUCAAACUUACGGUGGCCCGCUGGUGGCUCUUCUCAGAAGGAUUGCAGUUCUUUUCAUGGAUUACCUGGAGGAAGCGUGCAACGAGCCCAUUACUGACAUGCCCUUGAAGAAGGAGACGUGGAAAGACAUGCUUCACACAUCCUAUAAGUGCCUCCGCCGCACUUGCUCUUCUCAUGCAAAAGGUGAAGGUUUCAAUAUCCUUGUGGCUGCUUCAGAGGCCUUUCAACUGAUCGUGCUGAAUGUUUCAAUUGCCCAGUGUAGGCGUUAUCUUGGCAUCAUCCAGUCCAGUGCAUUCAGCACCUAGAUCCAGGGGUCGCAAUGCACACUGCAUCGUCUGGGAUGAGCAGAUUCAGGCUGGAAAAGAUGUCAAUGAGGAUGUGGUCGCCCCAGUUUCGGGGCAGGCGCUAUUUGAGCAAUAGCGCGGGGCCGCCUUGGUUUGGCCAUGAGCCGACGUGCUGAGGACCAGACUCACGAAACCCCGUCCGGAUUGGAAUUGAAUUUGCACGUCAUUUUUCCGGGAAACGGAGCAGCGAUCAAGAAUCAAGCCAAAAAGGGGCACAGAUUCAAGAUUGCGACUCCGGACCCGGACGGUCCAUGGCCCUUCCAAUGCCGAUUUUGACAAUUUGCUUCAGCUGCAUGCCUUGUCGACCUUGGCCUUCCCAGGCAAGGCUGUAUGAUGUUUGCCUCGUCUCGGGUGCAGCAGCACAAUUUGCACUUGUCCAGCGAGACUGGACCCUGUGGACAGCGGAUCCGCCAAGAUGGCCACCAUACUCCACAUAUUCCUCAGAAAGACGUGCUUUAUGGGAAGUCAGCAGCCGCG